UGGUGGCUCGGACCCCGCGGGCGAGGCGGCCGUGCGCGCGCGCGCGCCUGGGGCAGCGGCCCGCGAGCGCUCGGGCUGCGGGACGGGGAGCGGGGUGGCGCGGGCUGGGGCCGGGGCAGCCGCCUCCCGAAGAUGCAGGAUGGCAGCGGAGCCGCCGUCCAGCCUCUCGUACCGCACCACGGGCUCCACCUGCCUGCACCCGCUCAGCGAGCUCCUGGGCAUCCCGCUGGACCAGGUGCCUUUUACCAACUGGACACCCAGUGUAUGUUUGGUGAAUUUUGUAGCGUGUCAGCUCUUUGCCUUGUUCGCUGCUUUCUGGUUCCGCAUCUACUUAAGUCCUGCUAAAACCAGUCCCGAUGUCCGGCAUGCGUUUGCCACCAUUUUUGGCAUCUAUUUUGUCAUCUUUUGUUUUGGCUGGUACUCUGUGCAUCUUUUUGUGCUGGUGUUAAUGUGCUACGGGAUCAUGGUCACAGCAAGCGUAUCCAGUAUUCACAGAUACUCCUUCUUUGUAGCAAUGGGAUACCUUACAAUAUGCCACAUCAGCCGGAUAUACAUCUUCCACUAUGGAAUUCUCACUACAGAUUUUUCUGGGCCUCUGAUGAUUGUCACACAGAAGAUCACGACCUUGGCAUUCCAAGUUCAUGAUGGAUUAGGUCGAAGAGCUGAAGACCUCUCUGCUGAGCAACAUCGACUUGCUGUGAAGGUAAAGCCCUCCUUUUUGCAAUACUUAAGCUAUCUUCUCAACUUCAUGAGUGUCAUAGCUGGCCCUUGCAACAAUUUCAAGGAUUACAUAGCCUUUAUUGAGGGGAGACAUACGCACAUGAAGUUGCUGGAAGUGAACUGGAAGCAGAGAGGUUUCCAGAGCCUGCCAGAGCCUUCUCCCACUGGAGCAGUGAUCCGCAAGUUGUACAUGACCUUGGUGUCUCUCCUUCUGUUUUUGACACUCACGAAGACCUUCCCUGUCACCUGCCUGGUUGAUGACUGGUUUGUUCAUAAAGCGAACUUUCUGACUCGACUGUGCUACUUGUAUAUCGUCAUGCAAGCCUCGAAGCCCAAGUAUUACUUUGCCUGGACGUUAGCUGAUGCAGUGAAUAAUGCAGCGGGCUUUGGGUUCAGCGGACUGGAUAAGAAUGGAAAUUUCUGUUGGGAUCUGCUUUCUAACCUAAACAUCUGGAAAAUUGAGACUGCCACAAGUUUCAAAAUGUACUUAGAAAACUGGAAUAUUCAGACAGCUACUUGGCUAAAGCGAGUGUGCUAUGAGCGGGUUCCCUGGUACCCCACGGUGCUAACCUUUGUCCUGUCUGCCUUGUGGCAUGGUGUCUACCCUGGAUACUAUUUUACCUUCUUAACUGGAACCCUUGUCACAGUAGCAGCCAGAACGAUGAGGAACAACUACAGACAUUACUUCCUUUCCUCAAAAGCCCUCAAGGUUGCAUAUGAUGUGGUCACCUGGGCGGUCACUCAGCUGGCCGUGUCCUACACCGUUGCUCCCUUCGUUAUGUUAGCAGUUGAACCAACCAUCAGCUUAUACAAGUCCAUGUACUUUUAUUUACACAUCAUAAGUCUUCUGAUAAUACUAUUUCUGCCGGUCAAACCCCAUGCUCAUAUUCAGAGGCAGCCUCAGACUCUGAACUCCGUUAAUAAGAAGAAAAAAGAUUGAUACCUCCAAGAAAAAGCUGAGCGUGUAAAACUGCAAAACAUCGGAAAGUUGAGACCAAAAGGCUCAAGGGUUCUCCAGUGACUUAGAAGCAAUGUUUACAUGCAUUUUUUUUUUUAAGUGCAGGGAGAAUUUUUAUCAAGCCUUUUUAAGUCAGCCAUGUCCAGUUGACUUAAUAUUUCCUAGGACACUUGAGUGGUGUGGAGGUAUGUGCAGAAUGUGCCAGAGACCGUGCAGUCUGGGCUGCUGGGUCUUUGCUUCUCUGGCACCAUUUCCAGCCACGGGAGCCCAUACAUCUGCUCCGGAAGGCAGAAGGUGGUUGCUGACAGAGCUGAUCUUCCAGAAUAUACCCAGAUAUGGUUGUUCCUUGGGAAGCCCCAGACCCUUUGACCACAGUGACGACACUCAGAAGACCACGGAGGAGAAGGAGCCAGCACGAAAGAACCAGGAGGACUUGCCGUGAACACUUGAGUGGAUGGAAAAUCAGGCAUGCCCAAAAGUAGGCUGCAUUUUUUCCCCCAAGAGAUAGAACUCUUCCCUUUUUUCCUUCUGAACUGAGCCAAGAUUGGAAAUCAGUCUCCUGUACUCCAGGAGUCUAGGAAGGGCUACUGUUUUCCAUUUCACACACGCCAUCUCUUUGCCCAGGGAUGGCCCUGAGAAAACACCCAAAUGUUUGUCCCAUCAAAGGCAGAAUAAAUAAGCCUUCUAAAUAAGUAAUUUGUUUUAAAAAAGUAAAGUUCCAUAGAAGCUUGUUAAGAAGCAGCAUUUUUCUCUUUGCUCACCUCAUUUCGUGGAGGUGUUCAUGAUCUUGGUUAUGAUACACACACCAGCUGAUUUUCACUUUUCUGGUUUUGCAGUUGAUUAAAUUUGACUAUUUUAGUUGAAUCAUUGUAUUGGAGAGCAGAAAUGGACCGUUUUCUAUCCUUGUUAUGAAUGUGCUGUGGUUCCUUUCGGGGACUUCUAUUGGAUAAUAUUCUAUGUGGGAGAAAGAAACAUGGUAUUAAAUGUGCAAAAUGAUGAAACUGAUAAUAAUAAAUUAUAUGUUACAACAGCACACCCUAAA